UUUGGCUCACAAAUGUGUCUGAUUUUAAUGCAAAUUUAGAAACUUUUUGGCCAUUAUGACCUCUCACUGUGCCUUUAUGGUAAUUGUCCAGGGUAAAAAUGUAAAUUUAUUGUCGGAAGUGAAGUUAGCUUUGCACUCGUGGGGACGAUCGGUAGUAGGCUCUAUUCAGCACAACGUCCAAGAAACGCUCAAGAAAACUGGAUAACGAAUGACCUAUAAAGGAGAUUUGAGAGACAACCUCACUCCAUGCUUUCAUACCAGUUUCUCGCAUUUCACUGAGAAAAUCUCACGGCAUUUCCAAGAAAAAGCCCUACCACCGUAUCGUUUCCAACUUGUAAGAGAUGUUUCCUCAUCAACCGCGGCCCUAUGCCCGUCAGGAGAAACCCUAACUCUAAACCAAAACCCUCGCGUUGGUUCCGGCCAUCAACACAAUGCCUGACCGCAGGGGAUUCGGGGGGCCCGAGCUCACCAAGGCGCUCUAUAUAGGAUCUACUGACUGGGUCGAACAAAACCUUUUGAAUCAGGGUUCUAAAGUUGUAGCAUACCUUAAUGUAGACUGUGCAGUUCAAGGACCAGGCUUCUUUGCUGGUGCAAGGCCUCAGCUAGAUAAUCUUCUCAUUGAGGUUGCAAAGAAGGUCCAGGAUCCUGACUCAGAGAGCAUGACCAUAUAUGAUAACUGGAUGAUUACAAAUAAAGUCAUCAAUGUAAGUUAACCCUAAUCUUUAGCUUUUCAAAUCAUUGGAAUGGUUGCAUUAUGGUUGUCCUCAUGCUUUUACCCAUCUUUGAAAAACACAAGGUUCCAAGUAAAUGAAGUUAUGAAACAUUAC